CAGAGAGUCAAGCAUGUAGGGUCACCAAGAACCGUAACAUAAACAAACCUCUUUUCCAGCUGAUUGGUGUCGUCCACAGAAAGCUCGAUUUCAUUAACCUUCUGGCUGAGUAAGGAACUUCUGCAUCUGAACUUUCAAAAUGGGAGAUACUAUGCAGCCAAUUUAUGUGGAUCUGGCAUCUGAAAGUGAUGACCCUCAAGUCACCGAAAUUGACAGUCUGUGCCUAACAUGCCAUGAAAUGGGAAAAACGCGGCUUUUGAUGACGAAGAUCCCUCAUUACAAGGAAGUAAUUCUGUCUUCUUUUAGCUGUGACCAUUGCGGAAAUCAUAACACAAGCAUUCAACCUGGCCAGUACCAAGAACUUGGUGUUUGUUAUCAUUUCACUGUGAGGGAGGAGAAGGAUUUAAGUAGACAGAUAGUACGGUCUAAUCAUGCCACUGUAUCUGUUCCAGAACUGGAACUAGAGAUUCCAGCAGAUAGUGAAAAGGGAGAAAUCACAACUGUGGAGGGAAUCUUACGUCGAACAGUGGAAGGUCUUUCACAAGACCAGUCUGAGAGAAGGUUAUACCACCGUGAGAUAGCUGAGCAAAUUGAAGAAUUCAUUUCAAAGAUAGAAGAACUAUUGGAAUGCAAAACAGAUUUUACAGUUGUUGUGGAUGAUCCAUCUGGUAAUACUUUCAUUGAGAACCCCAUUGCACCCCAGCAAGAUCCUUACCUCAAAAGGAAAACUUACAAAAGAACAAAGGAACAAAAUGCUCUUAUAGGCCUAAAUUUUGAAGACCCGGAUGAGCAAGAGGUAGCUGAGAAACAGGAUGAGGAUAAUGAAGAUGAAGAUGAGACUUCUGUUAAAGAUGAAGUGCUGAUCUUCGACACAAUAUGCAAUCAUUGUUCAAAGCCAACCAAAACAAAUAUGAAAGUAACUCAAAUUCCAUAUUUUAAGGAAGUUGUGAUAAUGGCAACAAGUUGUGAAGGAUGCGGCCAUAGAACAAACGAGGUGAAGAGUGGAGGUGGAAUUUCUGAGAAGGGAAAGCGUAUUACCUUGAAGUUGACUGACCCCUGUGAUAUGGCUCGCGAUGUCCUCAAGAGCGAAACUUGUGAAAUAGAGAUCCCUGAAUUGGGUCUCCACUUGGGAGGAGGUCUUAUUGGUGGCAAAUUCACUACUCUGGAAGGCCUGUUAAUGGACAUUCGCAAUGACUUGGAGAACAAUCCAUUUCUGACUGGAGAUUCUAGUGACAAUAGUCGCAAGGCCAUCAUUCAAAAACUUAUUGCUGACUUGGAACAGGUUAGGAAUGGAAACCUCCAAGUUACAAUCAAAAUGAACGAUCCAGCUGGCAACAGUUAUCUUCAGAACCUGUAUGCGCCCGAUGAUGAUCCUGAGAUGGAGGUAGAAGAGUAUGAAAGAAGUUACGAAGAAAAUGAAGCUCUGGGAAUUAACGACAUGAAGACAGAGAAUUAUGAAGAAGAGUCUAUCGAUCCAGGCUCAAGUAAUUUGAUAUGUAGUUAGGCAGGAUCGUGGUCACUGUAAGGGAAUGCUUUUGCUGAAGUCUUUUCCAAUUACCCAUUCAUCCAAGACAUCUAGUGUUUAGCUUUGUCUGCUAACAUGGAUGAAGGGGUGUAUCAUAUGCAGGAGACAAGAUCCGCACCCUGUGUGGAUCUUACUAUCCUGCAACUGAGAAUGAGUGUCUGGUUACAGGUACAAGAGCAUAUCAGAUGAAGGAAAUCCCCGGUGGCAAAAUGACGAAAGCCGAAGUGUCUGCCCUGUUCUCUCCUCUUUUAUUGUACUUAAUGUACUUUUCAACCCUUUCGUCUUGACCUCCCUCUGUUUUUCGGUUGUGGGCAGGCUCUAUCCUACCAUGUAACACCUAUUUAUAUAUGUCAUUCUGUGCAAUAGAGCAGUAGGGUAAGAAAGGUUUUCUGGUCAUGUACGUAUAAGGUGAAACGAACUGUUUUUUAGGAAGAGGUUUGUGAAAAGGAGUAGCAAAUGAUUGCAAGAUUAAAUGAAAAGAGAUUCAAGGAUGAACCCUGAAAUGUAUGGAGUCUUGUAACCCAUUUCCAUCUUCAUCAGAAAGGAACAAGCUAAUUUUUGUUGUGAACAUCAUAUAUUACUUGUACCUGAAUCUACCUCAUCUGACCUGAAGGUAACUUGGUCAAAACUAAUAGAAAAGUACAUGGUUGAUUUUGUUUCUCCAGAGUUUUUAUGUUUAUCUAAAAUAAAGGUAAGAAUUUACACUAAUGUAUAACUUGUCUUGAUACCAAAUUCUAUUUAUUUUUGUAGAAUGAUCUUGAUACAGUGAAAAUGACAAGAAGUGCAAAAAAAGCAUUUACUUACAGUGAUCAGUACUGAUACGGACUAGUGCUGUGCAAAGAAUGGCCUUCACCGUGAAAUUUUGGAUGUUGAAAUAGGAUUUAGAAAUACUGUAUUCCUUAGCAGAAAAAAUGUAUAUUUAGCAUUGAUCGUUGCUGAAAGUCAGUAGAUACUCAGCGCAACUUUCUUGCCCCAUUCUUGUAUGCAUAUAAUAUCUGUAAGCUGUUUCUUGAGUGAUGUAUUUUUGGAUCUUUAUCUACUCACUCCCACUCGCCUUUUGAGUUCGAUGGUAUCAAACUUAUCAGAUUAGAUAUAUAGUACUCUGUAAGAAAAAUCAUAUAAGUACUUUAUAGGAAACAUUCCAAGCAUAUAAUGCACUAAUAUUCUUCUGAAGAGUAAUGGUCCAGAUGAUAAUAGCUUUGGUUGCUAAUAUGAAUUACUGUUGUUAUUCAUAAUGAGCAUAAGUUCUAAUGGAACUGAGCAAAAGACCUUGAACUUGCAGUUUAAGCUUCUGCAGACUAAGAAUGCCAGUUUCUGUGAUAGGUAAAAAUGAUAAAAGGAGUAAAAAUGAAUGUAGAUGAUAAGUAAAAAUGAACAAAUGAAUACAAAUACAUAAUUAGAAGGAAUGGAUCAGAGAAAAGUGCAAGAGGUGUUGUACCAUCAACAGAAUUAAGGACAGUAUGAACGGAAAAAAUAUGAAUAAAUGAAAGCUAGCAAAAAUACAUAAUCAAAGAAAGAUGUACAUGAAUUUCCCCUGAGGGAAGUAAUUUGGACCCAAACUUUGCAAUGCAGAGCCUGAGGUUUGACAAUGAUUGUUGAUAUAGUGGUCGCCCAGCCCUUGCGAUACCGCAACAGCCAUGAUUAGACAUAUUUACAUCACUCAAAUUAAGUAAAACUUAGUUGAAACGAGGGGAUGCCGAGCGUUUAAUCUAUGGCUUUUUAGUAAAUAUAAUACAAAAUUUUCCCUCAUUUUAAGUAAACAAAAAUCUUGAGGUGCUAUCACAAAGACCUCUGGUUUUGAGUCCACAUGUGGUUAAGGAAAUUAGGUUUUUAUUUUUUCUUGGCUUGUUGGUGUGUCAACAAGAAAUGAUUUCAUAUUUAGAGAGAGCUAUAUUGCAGUCACCGUUUCAUGGAAAAAUGUACUAUUUUAAUUGGAUGAGGCAUUGUCAUGAAUAACAUUUACAAAUGGCUUAAGCUGGUUAUUGUCAUAAUUUUAGUUUCUACAUUUUUAUAUAGAUUUGCAAUACCCCAAAAAGUGUACUUGUGUAAAUCUUGAAUAUAUUACCCAUGGAAAGUUAAAUGGCGCUUUUACAUUAUAAGACUUAUGUCAUUUAUUUUCAGUGGCUGAGAAUUUAAAUGUGUUAUUGUAUGUUAGAGUCAUCCAAAUUUAAAGUAAUUGUGCUUUUAAAAAUGCAGUAACCAACAGCCAUGCAUAGUUUAACAGAUAAAUUGAUAAAAAUUAUUUACAGGAAUCCUAAUUGUCGAGUCCUCUCAUUGUUUUGAAGCAGUAUGUAGACAAUAACCUUUUUGUUGGGAAGUUACAAGUGUAUGAAUUAGAUUUUCAAUUGGAUUUGGAAAGUUAGGUUUGAUAUGUUUGUAAUUUGGUCGUCGUUAAAUUCGUAAAAUGAAGAAUUCCGUGGUUAAGAAAAAGCCACUGUAGACAACCAAGUUUAAGUGAAUAAGUAAGGAAUAAGAGCUUUCAACUUUCACUUAAGGUUCUCUUCAAACGUACUGAAGAGGACCUGAGUGAAGAUUGAAAGCUCAUGUUCCAUAUUUAUUCACAUAACUCAGUUGCAUAAAGUGGAUAGAAUGUUUUUUUCAUUUCUGGUGAAGUCCUUUGUUUAAAUAUAGUUGUCAGUGAGCAAGAGAUGUUCCUAUGUCAUUUAUAUAAAUGAAUCACUGCAAUGUCAAAACUAAUUUUAUUUAUGUUACAAUGUCUGAUAUGGUCCACAUUAAUGAAUUGAGAAGUGCCAUUCGAGUUUUUGUAUCAGAUAAUUACUACCACUUAAAGCCUCCUUACUCUAUCUGACAUGAAAGUAGAGAACGCAAUCUUUGAUGCAGGACAGUAUGUUGCCUCAGAUGACUUAAGUAAUUUUUCAAACAUAAACAAUUUGAAUGUGUGGGUAAGAGUUUACAGGAUGUUUUACCAUGCUGUGAGUCACACAGAGGCUAAGAUCUGGCAGAACAUUCUCUGCAAUGAGAGGAGUGAUGGGUUGUAAGAUAGACUUUGUAGUUACUGAUGUAAUGGCAGAUGAGGACGAGAAUGAUGGUUGUAGUUCUGACUCACAGUGGUAGAUGCUAGGCAUUUUUGAUAUGCAACCCACUCUUGGCUCAUCCAGUUUUGCAGAAAGUGAUCUCUUUGAAUACCUGUUAUGCUUGUGACAUGAGGCAGUAACCUAAUGCUUUUUGAACAGACUAACUCCCAGAUGCUGGAUUCUUGACACAAGACUGCGCCAUGAUGGAUUUCGAAUACGCGCGCACACCUACACAAUCUCGAUGGGUAUUUGAUGUAAUGAAUAGUUUACCAGCUGCGCUUGGAAUAUUCUAUUGUUAAGACCUCAGGUUUGUUAGCUAUGAAAAAUACAAAUUGAUUCUAAAAUUUGUCAUAUUAUUAAACUGAAGUCCUUUUAGAGGAUUCUUCAUGCUGAGUGCCAUGAGUCAAUUUUUUUUUGUUUUGUCCAACCUUUUUUGAACUUUGAGGCAAAACAUAGGAAAGGAUGACAUGCUUCUGUACUCCAGUAUAUCCUUGGCUUAGAGUCCAACGAGGACAAAUUCUGUAAACCAGGUUAAUCCAAGAGUUAGCAUUAUGGUUGCGCAGCCUAAGAUAUUUAGAUGCCUGAUUCAAGUUUGAUACUAGGAAGAUCAUUAGCAAAACACUUUCAUAUUGGUUAAGAGAAGUUAUCUUGAACCUGAACCCAGUAAUUAAUCAAGACUUUACCCUGAAUAGUAAGCGCUGAGGGUUCAGUCCAUUGUCCUCUUGGUUUGACAUUAGAAUUUCCUUAAUGACCAAAAUAAAGUAGUAUCUAUGUUCCCUGAUGCAAAACUUAUCGAAUGUUAUUAAGAAGUAGGAAAGAAAUUUACCAGAAAGCCUCAAGGUUCCUUUUGUGUGGUUAAUUACUCCUUUCUUUUCUUACACCAUGUCAGGUAUUGUAACAUAAGUGAAAACAAUAUGUAUUUAUGGACAAUGGAAGCUUUUUAAAUUGCUUAUUGUCAGUGUAAUAAAGAUCUAUUACUGCUGUAUCCAUAAAGACAUUAAAAUAUGAAAUGUCA